AUGAAUCACUUCUCAAGUCACAACAGGCGCAACUCGCAGCCGUGGAGACUGAUUCAUAAAUGCGCGGCAGGUACUGAAGUCGCGGUAACGAUGCCGUUGACUCAAGGGAAACGUCUCGAUAACAAUUUUACAAACAACAAUGAUCACAGCUACCUUCAUAAGAAGUUCAAAAAAAUGGCAUCGACCAUUUCAGUGCUUCCAGCAAACCCUGCAAAGGGGGAGGAGACUGUCCAAAGGGACUCUGUGCAGUCUGCUAGUAACACUUCGAUCACCAAUGGUAGUAUCGCAGCUGCACAUCCAGAAAUUGAAAAAAUAAAAGAUAUAUACGAUAAUCAUACUUUUAAAGCCGAAAAUAAUGUACAAAUUAAUUAUAACGAAGAAAGCAGUAGGUUAAGUGAUGUAAAUAACUUUCAUGUGUCUGGUAAAACCAGUUAUUCUGAAGAAUUUUUGAAAAAGACUGAGAACUAUGAAAAUGAUUUUAGCAAAGAUACAUACAGUGCAGGUGCAGGGCGAUAUGUAUGUCCGUAUUGUAAAUUACCAUGUGCCAAGCCUUCUGUUCUGCAAAAACAUAUCAGAGCUCAUACGAAUGAAAGACCUUAUCCUUGUGUUCCCUGUGGUUUUGCUUUUAAGACGAAGUCCAAUUUAUAUAAACACAGACGAUCAAGAACCCACGCAUUGAGAUCACAGGGAGCAGAUAUUAAUACCUCUAUUAACGAAGAAGACUUGUCGGGUGGUUCUGAAAGCGAUACAUCAGUAACUCCUGCUUCUAUGUCUGAUGCAGGAUCGGACGCUUCAAUUCUCCGAAUGGAACAUGCAAGACCUCAUGACUUUUCUUCCCCUGAACUAGUGACUGACAUUAGUGGAAACCAAGCCUUAUAUGCUGAUAACAAGUCAAAAACGAUUUAUAAGCCCAAGUUUAGAGCCGCGUUAUAUCAAGGAAACGAUGAGAAAGAUAAGAUAAAGAAAAAUAUUUCGACGAAUGCUGACUUUCUUACGGAACAUAUCUCAAAGAUUAUAUCAGAUAAUGAGGCCAUUGUUGAUGUUAUAGAAACACCUUUACAAAAAAAAUAUAAUAAGAUUAAACAAAUUGCUGAAAGUAAACAAUUUUUAAAUGAGCGUGAUAUUAAACAAGAGGUAUCACCUUUGAAUCUAACAAAAAAUCCUUAUGAGUUUGACAGUCUAGUCAGGAAAAGAUCGCAUUCAGAGAGUUUUGCGCACAAUGAAGAUGUGAAACAUCCUUUGAAUCCCGAGGGAUCGAUUAUAAAAGACCUUUUAUUAAAAACAAAGGCAAAUGGCAUAAGUUCCUUAUUAGGUGAAUUAGAAGACGGCGUGGGGCCUCUAUUUAUUUGUCCCUUAUGCCAAAUAAUUUAUCGCAGCGCAGAUAAUUUAGAAAUACAUAGAUUAUACUAUUGUAAAGGUAACACUUCCAAUAAUGUAGCUGUAAACACUAUAAUACAGAAAGAAGCCAAACACGUUAGGCCAGAAAAUGUUUAUUUAAGGAGCAACUCAAUUAAUGUCCGCUUGCCUGAGGGACAAAGUCAAUCGCCAAGAAACAGAACUCCAACGAAGUCACCGCCGUUAAAGAAUAAGCCUGACAAUUUGGUUAUUAUGAAACCCGAAAAUAAUGACAUAAUUGCUCCAUUGCCUUCCCCAGGACCUCUUUUGGGCAAUACGAGACUAGUAGAUAGUAGAUUACCUAUUGAGUUAAAUAAAAAGAAUGAACAUUUGCGAAUGAAAGCAAAAGAGCCUAGCCCCCGAAGAAGAUUUGAAAGCAGGUCCGACUCGUACAGUCCGCGGUUGAUAGAUAAUAAUUCUCCCCGAUCUGUCGAUUAUUACUCACAAACAAAAAUAAGGUGCGUCGAUUCUAAUUCUGUGAUGUUAAGAUCAAUAGACGAAAUGCAAAUGAGGCAUAAUUCUACAUCUCUUCAAAUGUUCGGCGGCGAAGUCAAAAUUGUCGAUCACUCAGGCAGUACAACGACUUUACGCAUUGAACCGAGUAAAAAUCAGCUGUCACCAAUAAUGAUACAACAAAGCCUUUCACCGUCGAAAUUCGCAUCAGAUUCUGAAGCAAGCAGCGUCGUAGUAAGAUCGGGUCUUCAUUCCGGUGGGACCAUUGUCCAUAAUCCACCAACACCAAAAGAACAUAUAAGUACUCCACAAACACAAAGAAUAAAUGUGUCCACACCGAAUAUUCAAAAUACAGGAUUCAAUAUUCACGAUUUAUCUCACUUCCAGUUUCCGCCGCUAAGCGCCAUAACCGCCUAUAAUCCUCUAACAUUACCUCCUCUGAGUCCUACUUCGUCACCGAGCGGAGCGACUACAAUAUUACACGGUGGAAAAAUCAUUCCCCAUGUGCCAGGGAUACCAGGUCCCAAUACAACAGGAAUAUUUGUUGGUAAUACUAGCCCGCAUGUUAAAAGCAUAGAUAUGUACAAAAGUAUUGCAAAAACAUCUGAUAGUGUUCAAGAUGUUUUGCAACGAAAUAUGACAUCUAAUAUAUCGGCAGGUCUUAAAUUUGAGAAGGAAUUUCACGUUAAAAAUAGUAAAUGUAUCAAAUCUAUUAAUGAAAUAGAAAAAUAUGACCACGUUAAAGAAGCGCAAAAAACUAAUGUGCCACUGAUAACAGUGAAAGAUGUCGACGAGCCUAACAUAUCCAGUAAAAACUUGACUCCUAUUUUCCGACCAAAUUUAGCCAAACAAGAGAACCCUCUGAAACGAAACGUGGAGGGAAUUAUUAAGGCGGCUUAUUCAAAAGAUGCUGCUAAUUACUCUGUACAUAAAUAUAAACAACGAGAGUCGAACUAUUCAAAUAAGAGCGUAGAAAAGAAUUCAGAAAAUGAAAUAAAACAAUUUAAUUUUGAAAAUCUAAUAACAAAGGCGGAAAUAUACAAUAAUCAAAUUCAAAGCUCAACUGAAGUGCAAAAAAAUACUAAUGCUCAAGAAACUGCGCUUCCUACAUUAUUUACUGAGAAAUCGGAAAAAUCUUAUUUCCAAAAGAACACCACUGCCUCAUCGUCCGAUGACAGGAAGCCAAAAUUUUUGAGACCGUCUUCCUUACCUUUAAAACCAGGAACUUUUACACCGAAAAGACAUCACGGUAUAACGCCCAAUGCAAAUACAAUGCCGCUCGUAUCCCCAGAAACUCCGCGACCCGCCAAAGCCUAUGGUCAACUUUAUUUAAAUGGAAACGCUUAUACGUACUUAGGACUAAAGUGUUCCACUAAAGUAUUUUAUUGCACUAUCAAUCGUCCGCAACCGACAUACGUCCCGAACCAGCAUUUUCUAUCGAUGUACAGUAACUGGCAGUUAUUAUCUGAGCUGACGCCAGACCCACUGGGAUUGUCGGCGUCGUCUGCUAUGGCUUUGUAUGAUUCACGUCAUCGACCGCAAAACUCAACCGUAGCUGUGUUGAAACAGGAUCUUAUCUUGACUCAUUCAUCACAGUGGAAUAAAAGCUCUAGGGAAAACAAGCAGGCUACGGUACCCUUUGAUACGAAAAAAGAAGAGAAUAAAGUUACAUCAGAUGGCUCUGUAAUAACUAAAAAGGAACUAGCGGGCGGUUUCGAAAGCAACGAAGAAUACACAUAUGUUCGGGGACGAGGAAGAGGGCGCUACGUCUGCUUAGAAUGCGGCAUACGAUGCAAAAAACCAUCGAUGUUGAAGAAGCAUAUACGGACACAUACGGACGUACGCCCAUACACGUGCGUACAUUGCGUAUUUAGUUUCAAGACGAAGGGAAAUUUAACAAAACAUAUGAAAAGUAAGGCUCACUAUAAAAAGUGUUGUGAAUUAGGAAUUAAUCCUAAUGAGGGCAACGACUCAGAAGGGAUAGAAAUGCCACCUUGUCCCGAAGAAACUGAUGAUGAAACUGAUUCCGAAGGCGAUGAUGGCAAUGAAGGGGAGACAGAGUCUAGUGAUACAGAGUUUUAUAAAUCUCGGUUACCAGAGCACGAAGCGGCACAUUGUUUAUUGUCUUUGGGAGGUAACCGACUCACGACGUCGACGGCACCCGGCCUCAUUACUAGUGCGAGGCCAUCCACUUAUCCUUAUACGCCGAUUAUACCUGAUAAUACGGUUCUCGAAUACCCCUCUGAAACAUUUCAAGAGUCUAAAAUUGUCGACUCAAGAUUAGAUACUGACAACAAUGAACCCAUGGAUCUAAGCAAAAACGAUUUAAACACACCACCGAGCGUUAUGGAAAUACAAACCGCCCGAGAAUCGAGCGUUUUAGCGUCGUUAGCUUCAAAUACAGCGAAGUUACCACAGCAUCAAAGCCAUUGGGUCAACGGAGAGCCUUUGUUACAUACCUACUUAACCGAAAGGGCCCUCUUAGACACGAAAAUUAAGCAAAGCCAAUUAGCAAGUAACAUAAGUAAAAUAAGAAAAAUUGAAUUGGAAAAAUCUAUGUUUAAUGAAAGUGAUGACAAUAUAAAGGAAAGUAAAUUUGCAUCUAACAAGGACAUAGUAGAUUUAAAAAGUAAUUCCGCUUCUACUACCAGCAAUAGAAGUGACGCUUUUCAAACGGUUUUAGUAGCGGCAUCGUUAAAAGAAGAAAACGUCGCUGUAAACAAAGAUACGUUUAGUAAUGGCAUAGUGGAAACAAAAAGAGCUCGUACUCCCAAUAAUUCUAAUUCAGAAAAUGCCAAACAAGUUGUUUCCGAAUACCUGAAACACGCUCGUAUAAGUAUGAUGAAAACUCUCGAUGAAUCAAGCACUCACGAAAAUUUAAGUGACGAUAGCAACAGUAGUAAAGUCAAUGCCGAUGAUAAAGCGAAAAAAGAAGGGGAAUCAGAAGGAGAAUCAAUGAGACAGUUGCUCGAUGACUCCACGCCUUCCAACAUUGUCAUUGGGGGCGUAUCGUUCAAAGUUAAUAGAGAUAAGGACUUCGACUCACCGAUGCCCUAUUCGCCCAGCAAGCUCAUGGAUGACGGUCGAAGAGUGUGCGACUUUUGUAAUAAAACAUUCACUAAGCCAUCUCAAUUGAAGUUGCAUCUCAAUAUACAUUACAUGGAGCGACCUUUCCGAUGCAGUGUGUGCGCAGUUAGCUUUCGCACAAAGGGGCACUUGCAAAAACAUGAACGAUCUGGUUCUCAUCACAACAAAGUUUCAAUGACGUCCACUUUUGGCGCGGCGACUUCUUUCAACCCCAGGCCGUUUCGUUGUUCAGAUUGCAACAUAGCUUUUAGGAUCCACGGCCAUCUGGCCAAACAUUUGCGCAGCAAAAUGCAUGUAAUGAGAUUGGAGUGUCUAUUUAAACUACCUUUCGGGACUUUUACGGAAAUAGAGCGCGCGGGGCUCAGCUUGACUGACAUCGAUACAACUGACUGCGCUAGCUCCUUAGCCAGUCUACAGAACUUAGCUCGUAAGCUUCAUGAAAAAGAUCCCACAAGAUUAGAGUAUAGAGAACCCAGUAGCUCUUCAGCUUCAGUUCUACCUGCGGGCAGGGAGUCUUCGGAAGAUGAUGAAGUUUCUAUAAAUUCGGAAAAGAUGUGUGAAAAUGAGAAUAAUGGUGAUAUGAACACUAUUGAGAAUAGUGAAAGUCAGGACUCUGAACGGAAUGCUUUUAGUGCCACAGAUAAUUAG